AUGGAACUUUUAGAAAAUGUAAAUGGAUUCAAAGAAUUGCGUAAGCAAGUUUUAAUUGCAUUUUGCUUAGAAAAUCCACGUUCACAAUCUACACUUGAAAAAGGAAUGCUAAUAGGUAGUAAUUCUCAUGAAGAAAAUGAUAAAAAAUUUGAAAAAACAACAUUUUUAAAACCUGACCACUCUAUGAUACAAGAAUCUGCGUCUAUUAAUGGCCAUUCUACAGGAUUUAAAAUUCUUAUUGCUGCAAUCAAAGGCAAUCUGGAAAAUGAUUUUCAAUUUCAUUAG